AUGGGUGUUGGAAUGAGAAUAUAUGCACUGGCUACUAUUGUUUGGGUCAUUUGUCUCUGUUUGGCAUGUGCUAGAGGAGGAACUGCUCAAAACCCAUUACCACCACAACCAUUGAGAUGCAAUAUUUAUGAAGGGAGUUGGGUAUAUGAUGAAUCUUACCCUAUCUAUGACUAUUCAUCAUGUCCUCACAUUGAGAGUCAGUUUGAUUGCUUGGGACGAGGUCGUCCUGAUCGGAAGUACCUCAAAUACAGAUGGCAACCCAGCGGCUGUGACUUGCCAAGAUUUGAUGGGAAAAAAUUCUUGACAAAAUAUAAGGGGAAGCAGCUCAUGUUUAUAGGAGAUUCAGUGAGUGUAAACCAGUGGCAAUCAUUGAAAUGCAUGCUUCAUUCUGCUGUACCUCAAAUUGAGAUAUCAGAGCAAGCCACUGAUGGUUACAUAUGGUCUAACUACACAAUCAAGGUCAGUGAGCUAUAUAUCUUAUAUCAUAAACCGUCUUCAGAAUUUGUUCACAACUUUUUUUGUAAUUUCAAGUAA